GUUUAAGAGUCAAAUUCAAUUCCAUUUGCCCUAACAUUCGAUACUCUCCAAUUCCUCCGCCACUUCCCGCCGCCUCGCCACCGUCCUCACCAGGCUGCGCCGCCACAUCUGUGCUUCUCAAUAGCAGAAGAGUUUUGGACAGUUUGGCCAAAUGUCUUCCAACACGGCCGUCACUACCGCACCUCCGAGGGUGAGUCAGUCGGCUAUAGAGGCGGCCGUGAUCGCCCUGUUGAAGUACAAAGCCUCCCAAUCCGCCAACGAGAAGCUCCAGUUACUGCCGCGAGAUGAUUAUUUAUACCUAAACCUCACCCUCAAAAGAAUCCCAUCGAAUCCUCGCACAAACCCCUACAAAAUCCCGCUUUCGAACCCUGUUUUGGAGGCCUCUGGAUCGGAGGUAUGCUUGAUUGUCGACGACCGGCCGGGGACGACGACGCCACCGUCGGAUCAAAUCAAGAAAUUGAUUAAAUCCCAAGAUAUACCGAUUUCAAAAGUGAUAAAGCUCUCGAAGCUGAAGGCGAACUACAAGCCCUUUGAGGCGAGGAGGAAACUCUGCAACAGUUACGACGUGUUCUUGGUUGAUAAGAGGGUUGUUCAUUUGUUGCCUAAGUUGAUUGGGAAGGAGUUAUUCAGGAAAAAGAAGCUGCCUUUAGGUGUGGAUAUGGGAAAGAAGAAUUUAAAGUUGCAGGUGGAGAGGGUUUUAGGGAGUGCCUUGUUGUUUAUCGGGACAGGGACUUGUUCGGUUCUCAAGGUUGGUAAGAUGGAGAUGGAGAAAGACGAGAUUGUGCAGAAUGUGUUGGAUGCCAUCAAGGGAGCAGUUGAGAGGGUGCCGAAGAAAUGGGAUGGUGUUAGGAGCUUGCACUUGAAGUUCUCUGAUUCUGUGGCUUUGCCGAUUUACCAGGCAAUGCCGGAUGUGAGGUUGAAGAUUGAGGGGUUGAAGGAUAUAGAGGAGGAAGGUGAGGUAACUGAGGUUAGUGAUUGUGACAGUUCUAAGAGUAGGAAGAAGAAGCAGAAGACGAAGGGAAGGAUUCACGAGGUUCGAUACAUGGACAUUGGAGAGGAUGUGGAUAGUGACAUUGCUGAUUUGGACGAGAGCGAGGUGAGGGAGGAGGGGUUUGAAGAUGUUGUAAUGCAGAGUAGUGAUGAUGAGGGCAAGAAGACGGAAAAUGAGGAGAUGAGGAUUGUCGAGAGUGUCGGGAAGAGGAGGCGUAUGGAAGAGGGGAAAAAGAAGAAGAGCGAGUGUGGAAGAAAGUUGAGUAGCAAGGUGAAGGAUGUGAAGAGAAAGAAAUCAAAAUCAGCUAUCAAGAUAUGAGGAUUGUGUUGAUUGAACCCUCCAAAAUAUUUUGGUUAAAUUAGUGGUACUGUAAACUUUGAUGUUUAUUGCUAUUUCAUUGACAAUAUGCAUAUGUAUUAUCCAGUUUGCUAAAUGUGAUGAAUUCAUGAAACUGAAUCAUUUUAUAUAAGGCUAGUUGUUGUUGUUGUUGUUUU